AUGUAUCUUAUGUACUACUUGAACACCGAGGGCGAGCGUGUCUACACUCUCAAGAAGACCGACCCCACUGGCUUCCCCACAAAGUCUGCUCAUCCCGCUAGAUUCUCUCCUGACGACAAGUUCUCUCGCCAGCGCAUUACUAUCAAGAAGAGAUACAACAUCCUCUUGACCCAGCUUCCUGCUCGUGCCCUUUAA